AGUCCCAUCGAUGGUGGAGCCACAGAUCCCGUCCAUGCCAGCGGGGGAAGGCCAGCAGGGCCCCGUCGGUGGUGGAGCCACAGAUCCCGUCCAUGCCAGCGGGGGAAGGCCAGCAGGGCCCCGUCGGUGGUGGAGCCACAGAUCCCGUUGGGAUUAGGCUCGAGCGCCCGCAGGAGGAGAACUGCCCUGAUCCGCCUCGUCUCCACGCCCGAGUUCCGCCUCGUCUCCUCUCCGUGCUUGAUCCGUCGAGUUUGGGAGCAGCGAGCUGCAAGAAUGCCACCAUGGCCGCUGCCCAUGGAGGUCCCCCUCCCGAUUCGUUCGCCGCCGCCCUCGAUCCGUUCACGCCGACAUCUUUGUGGAUUUGUGGUGACGAGCUGCGCCGCCGCGACCCAGUUCGAUCCAGCACUACAUCAUGCGAGCGAGGCACGAACCGCAGCGCUGGUGUCCCCGUUGACCCUUCGUCCACGCCUACAUGGGCCAGCCUCCACCGACGCCUCCAGCUGCCCAGAUCCAGGGGGCCUCCCGGCACCAGCAUCGGGCCAGGCGCGCAGCAAGCCCAACACCGCCGGCUCACGUCCCCGCGAGCUGCACCUACUCCCUCUCCUCCCUCCGUUUCAAAAUAGACUAGUAGAAUGGCAGUGCGUUGCUACGAGCUACGGUGCAUAUAAAUAAAUCAAACACAGACAUCAAACGGGGCGCCCAGCAGGUUUCCAAAAAUUCAUCCACGUGGACAGUCCAAACUCCCCCGAAUAGCAGCAACAAUACCAUAGAGUAAAGAAUUUCAUCUCUCUCACACACUCUUUUUUUGUCAAACAUCUCUCUCCCAUUGGGAUCUCUCUCACACACACUCCCUUCUCUAUGUAUCAGUAGCAGCGGCAUGAACAUCAACAGUAGUGU